AUGAACCUACACUCUCGUAUUUUCUUCCUUGGAUAUCUUGCGAAUCUCGUGUCCGCAAAUGCCGACAUAGAGUGCCGCACUAUUAUCUCCUGCACUACGACUAGCACAACUACAACCACUACGAUAACCACUAGCACUUCUACCACCACCACUAUACCCCCCCCCGACACUAUUACGACCACUAGCACUUCUACCAUCACCACGAUACCCCCACCGGACACUAUUACGACCACUAGUACUUCUAUCACCACCACGAUCCCUCCCCCAGACACUAUUACGACCACUAGUACAACUACUAGUACUACUAGUAACAGCUGUCCGCCUUGCUCCGUUACCUGCCCUCCAGAAAAACCGCCAGCAACUAUAACUACAACGGUCACCACCACGCCUGAAAGCUGUCAAACAAGUUCGCAAGCCACACCAACCCCUGUGUGCACCGACAUUGUGGAAAACUGGAAGCCAAUCAGACUGGAUUGGACAGAAAAUUAUAAGAAGCCUGGUCAACCAGAACCGAAACAAAUCGAAACUGACUACAAUUUCCCAACUAUUUUUCAACUCACCGAUGACAUGAUUAAGUUGGAACAGUACGAUGUGUCAAUAGACGGCGACCAUGUUGGAAAGACCUCCAACGUGCUGGAGGGUAAAAGGAAGGACUCUUGUAAGGCCGCGGAGGAAUGCAUUAAGAAGGGGUUUUCCCAUGGAAAAUUUGAAAUUCCGGCAGGCACCCAUUCCAUUGGGAUUUCUUGGAAAAUGGCUGAGCAGGAAGAUAUCAGUGACUGGACCUUCGGAUCAGGGCAGUACCGCUUCUUGCGAGUUAAACCAUGUCCACAUUAA